UAUAACAUUUAUGAUGCAAUUAUUUUAUAGGAAUACUUGGGAUUUAUAUUAGCCUUAAAUGAGUCUGUUCAAGGAAAAGCUGUGAAUGUUGAAUGCCCUCAAAGUCCUGUGAUAGGUAAUGUAAUUGCAAUGCUUAACGUAUUUGAUAAUUGGAUAACUCAAAUACCUCCAACUGAUCAACCUCAACGCUUUGGCAAUAAGUCAUUUAGAAUUUGGUAUGAAAGGCUCCAGCAGAAUGGGAUGGAUGAAUUGCAUAAAGUAUUACCAAAAGAAUUACAUAGAGCAGUCCCAGAAAUAAUUCAGUAUUUGAAUGAGAGUUUUGGUAAUCCAACACGUAUAGAUUAUGGUACAGGCCAUGAAAUGGCAUUCCUAAUGUUCCUGUGUUGCAUGUUUAAAAUUGGUGCAUUUAGACAAGAUGACAAAGUUGCUGUAGUUGUAAAAAUAUUUAAUCGAUACCUUGAAUUGGUACGUAGAUUACAAAUAACGUACCGAAUGGAACCAGCAGGUAGUCAUGGUGUGUGGAGUUUGGAUGACUAUCAAUUUGUUCCUUUCAUAUGGGGAAGUGCACAAUUGAUUGGACAUCCUCAAUUAGAACCACGUCACUUUGUUAAUCCAGAAAUUGUUGAAGCACAUAGCAAGAAAUACAUGUUUCUUGGUUGCAUUGAAUUCAUUUCAAAGGUCAAAAUUGGUCCCUUUGCUGAACAUUCAAAUCAAUUAUGGAAUGUUAGUGCAGUUUCAUCAUGGGUCAAAGUAAAUAGUGGUCUUAUUAAAAUGUACAAAGCAGAGGUUCUUGCAAAAUUUCCUGUUAUUCAACACGUUUUAUUUGGCUCUCUGCUAUCGAUAAAACCGGCAUCUGCCCAUCCUGUUGAACGAGUAACACGUCAGGAUCAACCUACAAAACUACCAUCACCGCCUCAUAAAUAAUAUCACAAUAUUGCACGAAUAUGCUUUAUACUUGUUGGUAUAGAUUAUGACGCAUAUUCAAUAUUUAUAAUAAAACUGUACAUUACCACCUUA